AUGGCUCCGACAUAUGCCAAAUUCUCUGGCUCGCCUCCAACCCAGCUCAAAGUCGCUGGUGCAGCCAUUCAGGCAGGAACUGUACAAGCAACUCCACAACAUUAUGACAUGUCCUAUCUGUGUCAAGUAUCUGUUGGCGGACAGAUUUUGAACUUGAACUUCGACAGCGGCAGUGCGGACCUUUGGGUGUAUUCGACAUUACAGCCCAGUUCACAGCAAAGCGGACACUCAAUAUACGACCCCACCAAGAGUUCAUCAUCACAGCUUCUGGUCGGAAACACUUGGGCAAUCAAGUAUGGUGACGGCUCCAGCGCAAGUGGCAAGGUCUAUGCAGACAAGGUCAUUAUCGGAGCCGUGACGGCGACAUCACAAGCCGUGGAAGCAGCCACAUCGGUCUCGAGUUCGUUCCUGGCGGAUGUCAACAACGACGGUCUGGUCGGUCUGUCGUUCAGCAACAUCAACACCGUCUCACCUAGUCAACAAAGGACUUUCUUCGAUACCGUCAAGAGCUCGCUUGCAAUGCCUCUCUGGACAGCCAAUCUUAAGAAGGGAGCUCCUGGUUCGUACGACUUCGGCUACAUCGAUUCCUCGAAGUACUCGGGCAAGAUUACCUACGUCGAUGUGAACAGUGCCAGCGGGUUCUGGCAGUUCACUGCCGAUGGAUAUCAAAUCGGUUCCUCGUCGACAGUCAGCUCAUCGUUCACUGCCAUUGCCGACACCGGUACUUCGCUCAUGUACCUGCCUUCGAGCAGUGUUACUGCGUACUGGGCUCAAGUCACUGGGUCCGGAUAUGACAACAGCCAAGGUGGCUACACGUUCCCUUGCAGUUCUGCAUUGCCUGAUCUCAAUCUGAUCGUUGGAGGCAACAAGUUCACUGUGCCCGGUAGCUACAUGAACUACGCACAGAUCUCAUACACGACGUGUUUCGGUGGUCUGCAGCAGAACACGGGACUUAGCUUCAGCAUUCUCGGAGAUAUCUUCUUGAAAUCGCAGUUCAUGGUCUUCUCAAUGGUUGGAGGUGAAGCCUCACUCGGAUUCGCAGCACCUUACAAUGGCACAGCGGGUGAUGGCGAUGAGUGGGAAUGUGAGGACUAG